AUGGCCUCGAAUCAUUCCACAGGCGGACAAUCCGGUUCGGCCUCCAAAAAGCGCGGCGCUCCUGCUGCCAACGGCCGAAGCGAUGCGUUCAUGCAGAAGCGCGCCAAGGUCCACGCCGCACGCAACAUCCCCACGCAAGCUGCCGAUGCUGCACUCAAAGAUGGCGAGCUGGAUCUGGUGGCCUUUGUGGCUGCUCACGAGUUUGAGAUCCGCGCUUUGGAACAGAGCAUGGCCACGUCCAAGGCAGUGAGGGCCAGCAGAGCUUUCCAACAGGUGCCCCGCGGGCUGAGAAGACGGACGGCGAGUCACAAUCCUAAGCGGGUGCCUCGAAGGCUGCGGAUGGCCAAGAGACUUCGGAUACUCGCAGCGCGAAAGAGGAAGAGGAAGCAAAGCAAGGCCGACGACAAUAGCCAGAACGAUCCAAAAGAGGCAAGCAAAGACGCUGGUGUUGUGGGAAGGACUCCCAGACCCAAGGUACGGAGGAACGCGCUCAACGAACCGCCGAAGCCGCCUGCAAAGUUCAGAAAGCGCCAGAUGAACAAAACCUGGCUGCCGACACAUCAAUGGCAUGCAAAGAGGGCUCGCAUGACAGAACCCAAGGAGCCCUUGUGGCGCUUCGCCAUUCCAUUGACACCAAACGAAAAGAUUUACCGGCCGACACACAGGGCGCAGGGAGAGCGUGGUACCAUGGUUUGGGACAUGGCUUAUAUGAGCACGAUUGGUCUAUAUGGAAACUUUGCCGGCAUGAGAAGGGUACUUCAGAGGGUCGGAGUGACGCACGACUCUUGCUGGGAUGAUAGAGGGAGCAAAUGGAGGCAGGGCACAAGAGCGUGGACUGGCAUCUUGAGCAGAGAAAGAGUCGGGGUUCAGCGGCCCAUGUGCCAAUCGACCAUCAUUUGGGACCCUGAGCCACAGUCUCAGAAUGCCGAGCAAGGUCAGGGAGAAGGUGAGGCUGAACAACACGGAGCUGAGAAAAAGACACAGAGACGGGUUUUUAUCAGGGUCCAUCCUUCAGCUUUUCUAGAGCUAUUUAAUGAGCUGCUACGCUUGACAAAGAUGGAAAACCCGCGGUUAUACAUUGAGGAUCUGCGAUUCGAAAUCGGAAGCAUUGAGCUCUCUGGCCCUGCGUCCACAGAGACGCUACUAUCUGUCUUGGCGGCGUAUCCGUCUGGAUCGAGCCCAAGGAACAAACAUGCCGAGUUAUUCGAGUCAUUAAAGGGGCUAACAAAUCCGGCAGCCUUACCAAAUAAUUCAAUUCUAAACUUUACAGCCCAAGAUCCUCGGUUGAGAUAUCCGCCGCGGAGGAUGGAGUUUCCCGAGACCGAACAGGCAGAGACCGAAUUAUUAACCACAAUCGCCAAGUGGCCCGCCGAAGAGAACCUGCAGCCCUCACUUUUAUUCGACCGGCAGGCCCGUCACAAGGCCUCGUGUUUGCCCUCUCAAAAGUCCAUCAACAGAAGGAGAAGCAAAGUCACGUCUGGAGCGCUGUUGAAGCCAACAAGCCUGGACCCUCCCAUUCCCAUCACCCUCAUUGCCUCGCGUUCUGCAGCGGGUACACAAGCACAAGGAACAUGGACUCUCCUUGCACCCUGGAAAUGCAUCCUCCCUCUGUGGUAUAGCAUCGUUCAUUGUCCGCUGGUCUCAGGUGGCAACCCGCGGUUUGCAGGACUAAACGAGACAAUGCAAGUUGCCUUUGAGCGCAGUCUUCCAUGGUUCCCAGCUGACUUUCUCGGAACCGAUGCUGGAGCAGAAUGGGAGCUUGAGCGGAGACAGAGGCGAAAGAGGAAGUGGGCGAGACGCCCCAAAAGCAAGAGGGUCGAGUGGGCGUCGCUCAACCUGGGCGCAGGGCGACAGGGCGAGAUUGGAGAUGGACAUGCCUGUGACUUUGAAUACUUGUUUGGUCUUGUACAGCAGCGGCCGCGGCAGCAGAACAAGGACUCGAGAGCCUCGCCAGAUGGUGAUUCGGGUGAAGCAAUGGAUGUUGAUGGCGAAGACUCAGCGCCUACCGAGAAAAAGGGCGACGAGAUGCCGUACCUCAAGCUGUUGAGCAGCAUCCCCAAGGCCUCAUUCAACAGUCUUGUUUCGCCAUCCCCGACUACACAACCACUCCCUCCAAACGCAAUCGCUUGUGUCCGUAUAUCGCUCCUCUCACGAGGCGUUGUCAGCCCAUGCGCGAGGAUAUACCGCCUCCCCUCCGUUCCCAUCUCCAUACCACCGUCUUCCGAUGCUGAAGUCCCCGCAAGCAUACCUCCAGAGGCUACAUGUCUUCCAUCAGAUCUUCGCUCACAGUGGCUUUCACGUAUCCCAUCAUCAUCCACUUCAAAGUCUACAUCAUCUUCUCAGUCUCAGCCCAAAAGGAGAGCGUCUCGGUUAGAUGACAUGGAGACGCGAAAACGCCUUCUAGCACAGGAACUCCUCGCUGCUCCACCAAGCCUGGACGGCACCCCAGCGCCGAACGAGGUCGACAUCGGAGGACACCAUCCGCUCGUGCCCAAUGCAGGGGACCUCAUCGGCUUCGUCACCACAGGGUCGUUUUGCCUUGCCAACGGCCGAGGCGCUGCCAUUGGGAGCAUCGCCGUGGAGAAGGUGUUGCCAGACAUCAGGGCAAAUUCCAAGGAGGGAAGGCUGUGUAUCGUGAGGAACGCCGGCGAGAACGUCGGCUGGAUUGCGAGGUGGGAGGUUGUGUAA